ACAACGGAGAAACCUUGAGAGACUAUGAAUUUGCUUGAAACAACUCUUUUGAGGAACGGAACAAUAGCGUACAAGCUAUCUUCCUCUUUUGUUUGAACGUGAGUGACUACCCAUGGUAUCAUUGUUACAUAGUACAACCUGGUCGUUAGAAAACACGUGCAAGCUACAACGUGAGACCGUUAAGUUGUUGUCUCAAGGCACAAACGUGUUUCCAAUUGAUUGCACAUUUUACUUCACCCAUAUUUAAAAAUCUAUCAAACACAACGAGUAGUGUGUAAUUGCUCCCUAUUACAUCUUUUGUGUCUUUGCUUCUUCUCUCUUUCAUAGUUUCACAGACUUUACCCAAUACCAACCAGGGAACAAUGCACACUAUGUCCUCCCAUCACUAUACUUGGCCCAUCAGAGUUCUGGAUCUUGACAAAGCAACUACUAAGAAGGUUCCUUCUUUAGGAUAUUUCGGCCAUUAUUCUCCCUCAAGAGUAUUAGGUUUCAACAAUGUUGGAUACCUGGCUCAUAGAUGUCACCAAAGUGCCAAGAAAUGUGGUCCAAUCUUUUCCAGGACAGUGAAUGAAGGUGUGAAUUCCAGUGACCCAGAUGACCCUGAUAAGAACAAAUCUCACAAUAGUGGAAGUGGAGGAGUGAAUGAUCACAUGAUUAGAGAAAAUCUAGAGAAAAUAGUUGGUAUGGAUGAUUCCACUUUUAGUGGAUUUGACCUUGCAACUCUUAUUAGGAACAAAUAUGGGAGGUCUUAUGAUGUUCAGUUGGUAAAGAAGGAAUUCAUGGGAAGAAAUCUCCUUGCUCUGAAUGUCAUGUGGAAGUACAUGGAGCAGAGAUCCUUCCCAUUGACUGAAGAAGAGUACAUUAUGAGGCUUGAUAAUGUGGCUGACACAUUGAAAUGUUGGGGAGCUGUCUCACAUAUUCGGAACAGCUUAACAAAAUCUAAAGAAAGACCUCGUAUAGGAAAGGCAGUGAGCAUUUUUAUAGAUAUUGACGAGUCUGGUGGUCGUUCAAACGAGUGGAUAUACAAAUAGGAUGCCUUAAUAGAGCAAAGUUCAAAGUGAAUGUUUACACUUGUUAGACGUCAUCAAAUGUUGCUAUUGGACGACUCGAGCACCUCGGUUGUAUUCAUAUUGUUGGACAAGGUGUAGGCACUCGAUAAUACUUCAAGUCAAGUAGUGGCCAUGUUUUAGGAGUAGUUCCAAUACUUCCUUACAUCUUUGAUGGAAAAAUAUAUUCAUGUUAGUAUAAAUUGAUAUAUAUGAUAUGUAAACUAUUAGUUGACAAGUAUUUUAAUAAACUUACACAUUAAUAGUGU